AUGUACAUUUUCUUACCUCCCUUUGUUACGACGAAGGCCCGUCGUGGGUUUAGACAAGUGCCUGCAGCAGGGAAGACCGUCGGAGUUAACAGAGACGGAAUUCAACAACUGAUUGAAAGAAUGACUAGCACUGAGCGUGGUGUUGAGGAGCUGUACGAUAUUCUGGACCGUGGAAUGCUGGAGCGCGAAGUUGAACUGUCAUUGCCGCGGUUCACUGUCGAAAAAGAAUUACCUGUCUCAUCGUUAUUUGGUGCUCUGGGUGCUGGAGAACUUUUGGAGCCUGGCAAGGCUGAUCUUCGGGGCUUCCUGGAGAAUUCCAGUGAUAAUUUGCAUCUUGGCGAUGCGGUUCAUCGUGCCAAAAUUGAAGUUAAUGAAGAGGGAACCACUGCUGCAGGUGCGACUGCCAUCUUCACUUUCCGCUCCAGCAGGCCAACAGAACCUGCUGUUUUUAAUGCGAAUCAUCCAUUUGUUUACCUCAUCUACGAGAAGCCUAGUCAGUCUAUCAUCUUCGCUGGUGUGUUCCGCACACCUACGUCGCCUGCUGAAACAAAUUAA